GAGGAACUGUACAAGAAAAUGCUUCGCUUGGGUCUAUCUUACAUCUUUUCCAUGAUUUUGUGUAUCUAGGCAGCGUUAACCCCAAAAUAUUGAUGUCACUUUUUGCUUCCUUUAAUUCAGAUUAGUAGAAAAUACACAAACAGCUAUUAGUUGGCUGAAUUUAAUCGAUAUUUUUAAAUGUUAAAUUCACUCUAAAUUCUAAUUAUCAAUUGUAUUAUUAAUAUUACACUUAAAUCAAUAUAAGAUAGCAGAUUUAAAAAAUGGCACAAGAAGUCGAGGAAACUAUGAAACGUAUUCAAUCACAUAAAGGAGUAGUUGGAACAAUUGUAGUCAAUGCAGAAGGUAUUCCAAUCAAAUCUACAUUGGACAAUACUACAACAGUUCAGUAUGCAGGACUGAUAAGUCAGUUGUCAGAUAAAGCAAGAUCUGUAGUAAGAGAUUUGGACCCAACAAAUGAUCUUACAUUUUUACGUAUUCGAAGCAAAAAACAUGAAAUUAUGGUUGCUCCAGACAAAGAAUUUAUACUCAUUGUAAUACAAAAUCCAGUUGACUGAUAUCCAAAAGAAAAAGUACUACAUACAAGGAUACAUGGUUUAUAAAUCACUAAUAUAUUAUUUCACGUGACAUAUUCUGUUGCAAUGUUAAUUACACUAUGCAAGUAUCAUAUAAAAUGUUGAUUUUCAAACAAUAUUAAAGAAUGUACUUUAUAAUUAUUGUCAAAUAAUAUUGCACUGCAUAGUAAGAUGACUUCAAAUAUUACAGAAUGACUGCUUUAAAUGGAAAUUUUUAUUACUUAGAUCUUUUGAAAAAAUUUUAUUUAUUAUAAUUAACACAAUUACAGUGUUUAUGUGUUAUGUAAUUAGUACUUCAUGCUGUUAUUUUUUAAUAAAUUUUCAUUAAAAUAAAACAAUAGAUGUUAUCUUAUUAAUUUAAAAUACUUAAAAUCAUAUAAAACCUUCAUUCAUGUGAAGAAAAUAAUAUAUUUAUUAUAGAAAUGAUUAAUUUUAUUUAAUACAAAAGUAUGUAAAAUACAUUAAAUUUAAAAAAAUAUAUUGGUAAUAGUUAGCUUUAUAGAAGUAUACUAAUCAGUGUUACAAUUUUUGUUUCUUAUUUGAUUUUUACAUACUUCUAAUUCUUCAGUACUCGUGUAAAAAUAUAAAAAUUUUGUAAUAUAAUUAUUAAGAAAAUACAAUAAAAAUCGUAUCGCACACGCGAUUAUUAUAUAUGGUCAUGUAAUUUUCUCAGUCUCAAGAGUGAAAUCUUAAAUAUUAAAAUAUUUAAUGUAUAUUUUCUUGAAUAUAUAACGACCACUAUAUUCGUUUAUCUAAUUGCAAAUCUGUUAUAAUAAUUAUUAGUGUACACAAGAAUAACAUAUACCAGGUACAAAAUUAAAUAUAUCAGAAAUAUAGUCAAAGUAAUUAGUAUAAAUAGACAUCACUUAAUUACAAAUCCUACAUAAAUAAAUAUACAAAUCAACUAAAUUUUGUUCAUGAGUCUGAAUAAAAAUGUUUACUAGAUGGACUAGUAUUUUUUUAAUAAAAAUUACGUGUUUACAGAGUUUUGAUGUUUUAAGGAGGGAUGGAAAGCACUGUAAUAAACGGUCAUAGCUGUUAUACCUAACAGAAAAGGUAUAAUACAAA